AUGAGCCAACCCGAUAUCACUUUGUACACCUGCCAGACUCCCAAUGGAAUCAAGAUCUCCAUUGCGCUGGAAGAGCUGGGCUGGUUCCUUGAGAUCAACCCCAAUGGCCGUAUUCCCGCCCUGACCGACACCUUCUCUGAUGGCCAAAAGAUCCGUCUGUUCGAAUCUGGCGGCAUUCUCACCUAUCUUGCCGAGCAAUAUGACAAGGACUACAAGAUCUCUUACCCUAAGGGUACCCGCGAGUACUACGAGAUGACCAAUUGGUUGUAUUUCCAGAACGCUGGCGUAGGCCCCAUGCAAGGCCAGGCAAACCACUUCGUGCGCUAUGCACCCGAGCGCAUCCAAUACGGCAUGACUCGGUAUACCAACGAGACGAGGCGGCUGUACGGCGUUCUCGAUGAGCACCUUGCCAGCUCCAAGUCAGGAUACCUCGUCGGUGACCACAUCUCGCUUGCGGAUAUUUCGCACUGGGGAUGGAUUGCGGCUGCUGGAUGGGCCGGUGUCGAUAUUGAAGAGUUCCCGCACUUGAAGGCGUGGGAGGAGCGUAUGGCCGCUCGGGAGGGCGUCGAGAAGGGUCGCCAUAUUAACUUCAUUUGCAGCGCAAGUCCAGGGAAAAUGGCCUGGCGUAAUCAAGGAGUCACAGGCUCCAACAACGUCCCUCUGGGCCGGAGACGGUUUGGUGGUGAUGAUGCCGCAGAGGAGGAGAGCCGCACAGCAACUCCUUCGUCUGUCGGGGAGCACAAACGUGGCAGAAGUCCUGUUCGAGCUGACCCUCCAGCUGACGGGGUCAAGAAGCGCAAGAAGCGCAACCGUUGGGGCGAUGCGCAAGAGAACAAGGCUGCUGGUCUCAUGGGCUUGCCCACGAUGAUCAUGGCAAACUUCACCAAUGAGCAGCUUGAAGCUUAUACGCUUCAUCUUCGUAUUGAGGAGAUUAGCCAAAAGCUUCGUAUCAACGAUGUCGUCCCAGCGGAUGGUGACCGGUCUCCGUCACCCCCUCCGCAAUACGAUAACUUUGGCAGACGUGUAAACACUAGGGAAUACCGUUACCGGAAGCGCCUUGAGGAUGAGCGGCACAAGCUCGUCGAGAAGGCCAUGAAGACCAUUCCUAACUACCACCCGCCUUCUGACUACAGACGUCCUACCAAGACUCAGGAGAAGGUCUACGUUCCAGUGAAUGACUAUCCAGAAAUUAACUUCAUUGGCUUACUCAUAGGACCUCGUGGUAAUACCUUGAAGAAAAUGGAAACCGAAUCCGGUGCCAAGAUUGCUAUUCGUGGCAAGGGCUCUGUCAAGGAAGGAAAGGGACGAUCUGACGCCGCUCACGCUAGCAACCAGGAAGAAGACCUCCAUUGUUUGAUCAUGGCAGACACUGAAGAAAAGGUUAACAAGGCAAAGAAACUAGUGCAUAACGUUAUUGAAACGGCUGCUUCGAUUCCCGAGGGUCAGAACGAGCUCAAGCGGAACCAGCUUCGAGAACUUGCCGCCCUUAACGGUACUCUGCGUGAUGAUGAGAACCAGGCUUGUCAAAACUGUGGCCAAAUCGGACAUCGCAAGUAUGACUGUCCAGAGCAGCGCAACUUUACCGCCAAUAUCAUCUGUCGUGUUUGUGGCAACGCUGGUCACAUGGCUCGUGAUUGUCCUGACCGCCAGAGAGGCACCGACUGGCGUAACAAUGGUGGUUACGGUGGUGCUGGUGCUGGAGGAGGAGGCCGUAGAGCUAUUGGUGGAGGCGACGCUGUCGACCGCGAAAUGGAGCAACUCAUGCAAGAAUUGUCGGGAGGAGCUCCGGGUGAAGAUGGCCACAUCCCUCGCCGCAUUGAAGCUGGUCCCGAUCAGGGUUACGACGACCGUGAUGUGAAGCCGUGGCAGCGUGGGCCACCGCCCAGUGAUGUGGCUCCUUGGCAGCAGAGAGGCCGAGACAACCGCUCCCGUGAUGACUAUGGAUCGCGUGACCAGGGAAGCGCACCCCCAUGGGCUCAGAGUAGCCGUGGAGGCGAUUAUGGAUAUGGCUCGCAGGGUGGCUACGGAGCCCCUGGCGCUGCACCCUGGCAGCAGCAGCAGCAACAGCAGCAGCAACAGCAAGCCCCUCCGCCCCCUCCGGGUGGACAGGCUGCGUAUGGUUAUGGCGCUUAUGGCGGAUACGCUCCUCCCGCCCCGGGCAUGGGCGCUCCGGGGGCUUCUUCUUCUAGCAUGGGAGUGCCUCCUCCUCCGCCGGGCAUGCCGCCUAUGUACUAUGGCUCCGGUGGCAGCCCACCACCCCCACCCCCUCCUCCUGGUGAAGGACCACCACCUCCUCCCCCGAGCGAGCAACCUCCUCCUCCUCCUCCGCCCGCUUAA